ACUGAUGCGUUCCCUGCUAUCGAAAUCUGAAGUCUACCUAACCGUUAAACGCAUUUAAACAAACCCCUAAAAUGCUAACCUACCUCGGACAAGUCACAUCAUUACUAAAUAACACUUAUUUGUUUAUAGUCUUCCCAGAGUUCUGUUUUGUUUACAGCAGCCUCGCUACGACGUCAUCAUCAAACUUGGCGGUAAGAAUUUUCUUACGGCCUUAAACGCACCAUGAAACUACCCAGGAAUGAAGGCGUUCUUGCCUAAACAACAACUCUGACCAGACGCAUUUGCCUUUACGGCCUAUGCCACGGGCCGGCCCUGAAUAUAAGCAGAGGCGUGGUGGUCCUUGGUCUCCGGCAUGGACACCCUUGAGGAGGACCUGACCUGUUCCGUGUGUUACUCUCUGUUCUCUGACCCCCGCGUCCUCCCGUGCUCGCACACCUUCUGCAAGGCGUGCCUGGACAGCGUGCUCCAGGCACUGCCCAACUACUCCAUCUGGCGCCCCAUCCACCAGCCGCUGAAGUGCCCCAUCUGUCGCUGCGUGGUGGAGCUGUCCCUGAGCAGCGUGGACGCCCUCCCCACCAACGUGUGUCUGCAGGCCAUCAUUGAGAAGUACCAGAAGGAGAGCCAGCCCAGACUGCCCUUGUGUUCAGACCACUUCAGGCAGCCCCUCAACAUGUACUGUGUCCAGGACCGCCAGCUCAUCUGUGGUCUGUGUCUGACUGUGGGCCGCCACAAGAACCACCUCAUUGACGACCUGCAGGCCGCCUUCAUCAGGGAGAAGCAGACCCCCUCAGUCCUGCUGGCCAGACUCUCUGACAGGACCUGGGACAUGAUGUGUGGUGUGGGGGAUCAGCUGGAGAAGGAGAAGGCAAGGUGUGAGAGUGUGGUGAGGAAAGACCGACAGGAAGUCACACAGUUCUUUCACAACUUGGAGGUGGUUCUGGCCAGGAAGAGACAGUCCUACCUGGAGGUUCUGGACUCUACCUGUGCUGAGGUGACCCGGGCCUACGACCCACUCAUCCACCGCGUCAAGGAGCUGCAGGAGGAGCAGGUGGAGCUGGUGUCGCUGGCGUCGUCCAUCGAGGAGGAGGAGUUGCCGCUGGUCUUCCUGGAGAAGGUGCAUCAGUUCCGAGAGCGCGUGGACAAAUUCACCAAGGCCAGCCUGCCCUCCGUCCUCAGCCUCUCCAUCACGCCCAGAGCUGCCGACUACCUGCAGCAACACUGGCCCGCCGUCACCCUCGCCAGUCUGGACGAGGCACCCGUGCCCAAGGUCUGCUGCUGUGUUCGAUGUGGCAACAUGGACCACCUGCCCCCCACCUCUGAGGGCUCGGUGCGGGACUUGUGCUUCAGACCCGCCAUGGUGUUGAUGUUCUUGCUGCUUCUCCUGCUGGCGUCGCACGGCGUGGAUCAGCUCAGUCACGACCAAGUCCUGCCCUCCUUGUGGGCGUGGCUGGAGUCCACUUGGGUGCUGACGCAGGACUUGGUGGAGAGAUGGAGCCUUCACGUCUCCUCCUUGGGGGAAAUGUUGUUGGUGCAGCUCAACACCUUCUUCUCACCUCUGGACCUCAGCCACUUGUUUACCACUUGACUUCUGCUUCCUAUAAACAUUCCCCACUCAUGUAUUCAUAGAAACACUCCUAGGAAACAUAAUACUAACUUUGGAACUUCUAGCCA